AUGUUUGCACUUGUUCUUCUACAUUUAUCUACAAUUAGUGGUGCAGGUGCUAUUUCAUGUUUUAGCUGUGUUUCACCAUUACCCAAAUCAACACCAAAAGACGCACAAAUUGCACUAAAAACUGUUUUGGAAAUUUCAUAUAAACUACCACCAGUUGAUAAAUAUUGUAAAGAAUCAAAUGAUGUAUUUUUUCGAACAAUAUUAAAAACUGCUUGCAACACAGAUGAUCGUUGUGUAAAAAUUUCUGCUACAGAUGGAGACUUAUCAUUUGUGAUCCGUGGAUGUCAUAAAGCAAUUUAUCGAGAAGGAACUUCACCAUCUGAAGUGGCUUGUAGCAGUCGUCUAAGUCCAUCAGUAUGCUUCUGCGACAGUAAUCUUUGCAACAGUUCUGUUGUUUCAACAACAACAGUUGUCUUCCUUAUAACCGCAGUUUAUCUGUGGUUUCUACCAACAUGA